CGGGGCGGGAGCGCCGCCAGUUCCCGGCGUCCCGCGGCGGAGCCGGCGGUGCCCGCGGCGCCUCCUCCGCAGCGUCCCCGCUGUGUCCCCGCUGUGUCCCCGCUGUGUCCCCGCAGUGUCCCCGCAGUGUCCCCGUAGCCCCUGCCCGCCCCCCAUGGAGCUGCUGUGCGUGGAAUCCGCGCCCCGCGCCCCCCGCGCCGGGCGGGACCCGCAUCUGCUGGGGGACCGGCGGGUGCUGCAGAACCUGCUGAGCCUGGAGGAGCGCUACAGCCCCCGCGUGUCCUACUUCCAGUGCGUGCAGCGCGACAUCCAGCCCUACAUGCGGAAGAUGUUGGCCUUCUGGAUGCUGGAGGUGUGUGAGGAGCAGAAGUGUGAGGAGGAGGUGUUCCCUCUGGCCAUGAACUACGUGGAUCGCUUCCUGGCCUCGGUGGCCGUGCAGAAGAACCACCUGCAGCUGCUGGGGGCUGUGUGCAUGCUGCUGGCCUCCAAGCUCAGGGAGACCAUGCCCCUGACCGUGGAGAAGCUCUGCAUCUACACCGACAACUCCAUCACCCCCCAGGAGCUGCUGCGCUGGGAGCUGCUGGUGCUGGAGAAGCUGAGGUGGGACCUGGUGUCGGUGACAGCGCACGAUUUCCUGCCGCACAUCCUGCAGCGCCUGCCGCUGCCCGCCGCCAGCCUGGAGCUGGUCAGGAAACACGCGCAGACCUUCAUCGCCCUCUGCGCCACAGACUGCACCUUUGUGAUGUACCCCCCGUCCAUGAUCGCCACCGGCAGCAUCGGCGCCGCCGCCCACGGCCUGGGGCUGCCGGGCAGCGGGGAGGCCCUGAGCGAGCUGCUGGCCAGCACCACGGGCACCGAGCUGGACUGCCUGAAGGCCUGUCAGGAGCAGAUCGAGGCGGCCUUAGCCGAGAGCCUGAAGCAGGCGUCCCAAUCCCAGCAGGAAUUCAGCGCCAAGGCGGCGCCCUACGGGGGCAGCCAGCCCACCAGCACCCCCACGGAUGUCACCGACGUCAACCUGUGACCAAGUGCCCUUGCCCAGAGCUCCAGCCCCUCCCUGGGCACCCCCAGCUCGCUGCACCCCCCCUGCCCACCCAGCUGCUCCCAGGGGCCCCUGCCAGGCUGGAGCUGCUGCAGGCAGUGCCAGGGGCACGGGGAGCAGGAGCCUGGAUGAAGUUGGAAUUUGUUUCUCUGUUGGUGUUUCCUGGCUCUCCGGGCUGGUCACGGCCACUUCCAGCCCUGUGAGGGACAAAAAAAAAAUCACAGAGCCAGCCCUGCAGGACCUGAGUGCUCGUCACCCUCGUCACCCCCAGCUCCUUCCUGCGGGGCUCCUGGAGCAGCUGCUUGGUGGCCUCUGGCUCCUGAUUGCUUCGUGCCACGUCCCCACAGCUCCAGGGGGAGUCGUGCAGCUGCUUCUGCUUGGAGAGGAGCCCUGGGGCUUGUUUGUUUUUGCUGUUGGAUGUGGGAUUUUGGGGACUUGGGAGGAGUUCGGGGUCCCCUCGGCUGCUUAAUUUAUUGUUCACUGCUGGGAAAGGGGAGGGAGGAGAGCUGGCAUUGCUGGAUGCUGCUUUCCUCUCCUUCCCAAAAAAAGUGCCUUCCCCCUUUGCCCAUCCCUGGCUCCCUGGGCAGUGGCAGGCUCUCCUCGGAGCGGGCCCUUUGGUAGCUUAGGCAUCAGACUAGGAUUUAAGGAAAACCUCUGAACGUGCUGCUAUAGUCUGGGAUGCAUCUCCACUCUUCCAAGGCAGGGAUUUCAGAUUGUGCUCAGGAGGGAGCUGCGUUCAUCCACCUGGAUCUGAGCUCUGGAGCUGCCUUCAUCCACCUGGAUCUGAGCUCUGGAGCUGCCUUCAUCCACCUGGAUCUGAGCUCUGCCUCCUCACAGGGUGGGAAACUUUGAAUUUUGUUCACCCACCUGGGUCUGAGCUCUGCCUCCUCAGAGGAUGGGAAACUUUGAGCUGCCUUCAUCCACGUGGAUCUGAGCUCUGCCUCCUCACAGGGUGGGAAACUUUGAGUUUUGUUCAUCCAUGUGGAUCUGAGCUCUGCCUCCUGGGAGGGUGGGAAAAUUUGAGCUGCCUUCAUCCACCUGGAUCUGAGCUCUGCCUCCUCACAGGGUGGGAAAAUUUGAGCUGUGUUCAUCCACGUGGAUCUGAGCUCUGGAGCUGCCUUCAUCCACCUGGAUCUGAGCUCUGCCUCCUGAGAAGGUGGGAAAAUUUGAGCUGUGUUCAUCCACGUGGAUCUGAGCUCUUGAGCUGCCUUCAUCCACCUGGAUCUGAGCUCUGCCUCCUCACAGGGUGGGAAACUUUGCUGCGCACUUGAGUUGGAAAAGCAAUUACUGCAUUUUUGUAUCGUUGUUGUUGAUCCUCGUUAGUUUUUUAUAAAAAUUGUUGUAAAACAGAAAAAAAAAAAAAAAAAAAAAGAAAAAAAAAUAAUGCUGCUUUUCUAUGAGAAAUCCAGAGUGGAAUUAACCAGGAGAAGCCAGAGACUCCCCAGGGAUGGGAGGCAGAUGCUGCUGCUGCUGCUCCCUGGGGACCUCUGGCCAUGUGGCUUUUGUCUUCCCGUGGGGGAUGUGGAAAAUGAGGUUGAAAUCUUCCUUUUGGAUGCCACCAACCCCACAAAAAUCCGGCGGAAAAAGGUGGGGCUGCUGCUCCUCCCUGAGCCUGCCUGGCCCGGAAACCCACGGAGCCGCUGCCUCCUGUGAGCAGGAGGGCUGGGACAGAGCCUGCCUGGGCAAGAGGAAAUGGCUUCCUUUUUUUUUUUUUUUUAUA